GGGAGAGCCGGUCUCUAUAUGGCGGCGGCUCUGUCGGGCCUGGCUGUCCGGCUCUCGCGCUCGGCCGCCGCCCGCUCUUAUGGGGUCUUCUGCAAGGGGCUGACUCGCACGCUGCUCAUAUUCUUCGAUCUGGCCUGGCGGCUGCGCAUCAACUUCCCCUACCUCUACAUCGUGGCUUCCAUGAUGCUCAACGUCCGCCUGCAGGUUCAAAUUGAGAUACUUUUUUUUUUUUUUUUUGAGACAGA